AUAUAGCAAUCAGCUGAUGAAACAACACACCGACACUUCACCGCUGGUAUAUAUGAGUAUUGUUUAAAAUAUUUUAUACUUAUAAUGUUGAUUAGAAAUUGUUCAAAAUAUUUUAUGUUUCAAAUAACGCGGCGUUCAUUUAUCGCAUUUGCUGCGACAAGAACAAGGAUUGCCAGUCAUAACAAUGAAAAUAUUCAUGUUGACAAAUUCCUCCGGUCGGAAAUCUUACUUUCAGAGGAAAAUAAACAGCGCGCAAUGCUAUGUAUGAAGAAAACACCACAAAUUGGAAUGAAAUUGGGGCAAUCUACUCGAGAGAAGUCAUUCGCCGCUGUCCUCAUAUGUCUCUGCACAGAUGAAAAGGGUGAAACUUCAAUAUUAUACACCAGACGUUCUAGUCGACUAACUCGGCAUGUUCGACAAAUAUCCUUUCCCGGUGGACUGAAAGAUUCUGAAGACAUCGACUUUAUAGACUGUGCCUUGCGCGAAACGGAGGAAGAAGUCGGUUUGCCUCGAAAUCGUGUAAAUGUCUGGGGAUCAGGCAAUCUCAUAACCCCUCCGCAUACGGCUGCAAUCAUGCCUGUUGUGGCCACGGUCAAUGAUUUUAGUUUAAAAGAGCUAAAACUCAAUGCGGACGAAGUUGAAGAGGCAUUUCUAAUAUCCGUCAGAGAGCUGAUACAUCCAAAAACAUUAAAGCAUACACAAUUUAAAGGAGGGUGGAGUACACCCAAUUUCGUUGUUGGACAUAAUAAAGUGUGGGGCAUUACCGGUUUAAUAACAAACAUGUUCCUAAGAUGUCUUAUCCCUUUUGAUUUGAAGAGGCUACAGCACCAUGUGAAAUUUGUUUGGCCUUUUAAGCACCACCAUUAAUUCUUAUGUUUGUAAAUACAAUUUUACAGUUAAAAACAUAUAUUUACUGGUCUUUGCAGAAAGAUUCGUAUAUGUCAAAGUGUAUAUAUGAAUAAAAAUAUCUGAUAAAAGUAAAAACAUUUUAAUCUGCAGUCCGUUAGUCCGUUUUACCAAUAUAUCCAAGGAAAGUACAUGAGUUUGUAGCCGCAUUUAUUAUUUAUUAGGUGGCAUUCAAUGCAAUGCCAAACUUCAAGUUAGUUGUAUUACCUCUAUGAAGAAGCCUAUCAUUACAUCCGUCAGCAGUUCAAAUUAAACACAAUUGUCUUCUUGUUAUUUUGAUAUCAAAUAGUAUAUGCACGAAUUUUAUUUAUUUUGUAUGACGCAUACAUACAUAUAUUGUAUAUACAAAUCGACUAUUAUCUAUUUUUAAGUAUGUUCGCGUAUUUAAUUUAAUAAAAAUUAUGGAGUAUGAAUAUUACACACUUAUGUAUGUUGUUCAUGGUGGUUUGAUUAAAAAAAUACUUUUUUUGGAAUUUCGUAGUACACUUUCGUUUCAUAUGUUUACAUUUGCGCUUCUAACGUAUUACAUUUUACUGGAUCAUGAUGGCAAACUUUUCUCAUUUCCAAAACACGGGCACGUUUAUUUAUUUACUUUUUUCUAAUACAAAUAUGAUCAAUACUUAUUGUGUCAGUUUGGCAACGCAAUCAAACAUAAAAACAAAUGUGUUUAAUAAAAAUAUACUCCAACAUUUAGUAACAUUAUUCAAAAAUUUUUGUAUGAAGGGUGUGUUGCCAAUUUAGAACAAAACAUACUUAAUUAAAAAAAAAAUAUACUGUAAAUGCAAAGCAGAAUGUGUAUAUGUAUAUAUAUACAUAAUCUUCGCUUUAAUUAUAGUUUUAAUAACAAAAAAAUACUCUUUGUUAAGUGUUAUGUGUGGGUAUGUAUAUUAAAUUGGAAUAUAAUUGAAAGCAGGGCUUGGAACCUAAUAACACUGUGUGGAUAAAGGUGACCGCAAGCUAAAUCGUUUAUAUUGAUUACUUCUUUUUCAUCAUCACAGUCACUUUACUCUGUAAUAU